AUGACCGAACUGAAUACGUCUUCGUCGAACUCGGAUUCUGAAGUCGAAGGUGAGUUAUGGUGGGGAUAAUGGAUUUUUUGGGUGAGGAAAUUAUUUUUAUGACUAUUAGAGCCUCUGUGUAGCCAAUUUUUUUAAUUUAGAAGGGAUCUAUGCGAUUUGGUGUACAUUUACAACAAAAUAAAAAUUUUGGCUUUAUAAGGAAAGUGCUGGAAUUGCAACUCUCCAAUUUUCUUCAGAUUAUGUGCAAUUACCUUCUAUGGGUUACACAUCCAUCCCCGAAAGUUUCAGCUCCUACUUUGUAGAGGCAACCGAGAUAUUCAAGGUUUCUUGAGUGAUUACAAUAGAGGGUGUGCCGUCUUUGUGGCCCGAUUUGAAUUGGCUAUAACUUCUUUAUUCUUCGGCCAAAUUUGAAGAUUCUUUUUUUCCCUGAAUCCUCAUAACCUCUCAUUUUAUUUAAUAACUAUGAUCGAAAAAUAAAGAAGUUAAAUCCAAUUCAAAUCGGGCCACAAAGAUGGCACACCUGCAUUAUCAAUUAUACAAAAGCCAUCGUUUUUCCUUCUGAAAAUCGUAUUCAUUCUAUGGAAAAGCUAAUAGUGUCAUAAUGACAUUAGAAAGCUUCCAUUAUUAUCAGAUUUCACUCUAAAAUUAAUAAAAAAGACAGAACAAUAUGACUCCUUAUCAGUAAGCUAAUACAAUAAAAAAAGAGUCUGACGUUUGGUCGACAUCUUGAAACGUUAUACCUCAAGUUGUAUUUUGUCUGGCCUAAUUUCGGCCUACCGAAAGUGACCACCAGAGAUUGCCACGGCUCCGGAGCCGGCUCUUGGCUCCGGCUCUGAGCGGCUCCGGCUCCGAGCCGGGAGCCAGAGCCGGAGCCGGAAAUUUUGGGGUCGGCUCCGGCUCCCGAGCCCAAAGUCGGAGCCAGGCUUCCCAGCGGUCAGAAAAGUAAAAAUUUCGUGAUCUUGUUAAACCAAAUUGCUUGAAAAAACACUGCGGAGGAUGUGACUUGACUGCAGAAACGUUGGCUGUAUGAUCUCUGGCACUAAUAACUUUUAUUUUCGGAAAAAAUUUUUAAAAAAACAUUUUGCAUAGGAGCCGGGAUUCGGAGCCGGAGGCCUUUUUAAAUUUUGCACGGAGCCAAGAGCCGGAGCCGGAGCUGCAAAUUUGGCCUUGGCUCCGGCUCUGGGAGCAAAGAGCCGGAGCCGGAGCCAAAAUUUUGACCGUGGCAAUCUCUGGUGACCACCAAAUUUUACAUGCUUACCUUUAAAACUGCCAUAAAAUUAAAAAAAAAUUUGGCUCACGUUCUGAUUACUGCCAGAGAGCAAAAAUCAGAGUCGACCAAAGAGCAAACUCUUUGUCAUUAAUCUUUCGGACUUUGCUGUGAAAAGAAGGGAUCUUUGUGGAAAAAUUUUACGGCAGAUUUCUACGGACCUUAAUUUUUUCCAGUUCAAAAAUGAAAGAAAAAGUAUUCCAAUUUGGGGCAAAACCUUCGCGGCCUAUGCAAAAAGUGGGAUAAAAAUGUGGUAUUAUGCCUUGAGGACUUUUACUCAAAAUCGAACCAUCGCUUCAGGGUUACUCACCUAUAAAAGUCACCAAAUUAAUUUUUAGCCCCCUUCAAAGAUCCAUCCAGCAAUCCCGCCGAGCCUCAUAGAAUCGCAUUUUCCGACAUUUCCACGGCCGCUUUCAACAUCAGAGAUGGUAUUAUCUACACUCCGACUACUGUAGGAUAACUUUUUCGCUUACUUUUCGAUAUUUUUCAAUAUGAUUACGGCCAAUUUUUUCUUACAGAAAUCGCCGCAACUCUCCGCCUUGCUGGGAAUGGAAGUCUACAAUAAAAAAGAGUUUCUUCAAGUGACCGGUAGCUUCAAAGAGCGCGGAGCUCGCUAUGCGCUGCAUCGUUUAACUGCCGAAGAAAGAAAAGUCGGGGUUAUCGCGGCCAGCGCCGGAAACCACGCUCUGGCCUUGGCCUAUCACGGCCAACAAAUGGAUAUCCCAGUUACCGUAGUCAUGCCGACUUUUGCGCCUUUGAUGAAACUGUCGGCUUGUCGAUCUUUCGGUGCCAAUAUUGUUCUGCAUGGAAAGGAUAUCAGUGAAGCGAGAACUCAUGCGUUUGAGCUGAUAAAAACGUCGAAACAGAAGUACAUUAAUGGAUUUGAUUAUCCGGACGUGAUUGCUGGCCAAGGGACUAUUGGAUUGGAGAUUUUGGAACAGGUAGAGAAGAUAGAACGAGCAGAAUAGUGAUUCGAAAUACGCGUAAUGGCGUUGUGAAACACUAAUUCAAAGCCCCAAUAAAAUCAAGACUAAAAAGUUUUAAAGUAGGAUAUGAUGACUAAUAAUAAGUCUUCUUUUGCUCAAAACACUACACACCCUGAAACAUAAAGCUUAUGUACCAAUAAAAACGUUUUUUAGGUAAAAAACGUUGACGCUGUCAUUGUCCCAGUCGGCGGUGGCGGCCUAAUUGCUGGCAUUGCCUUGGCCAUCAAAACUUUGAAGCCAGAAGUUCAGGUUAUCGUAAGUAAAGCUAAAUUCUUCCAAGAUGCUUUCUCAGGGAGUAGAAUCCGAGUGCUGUGCCUCCUUCCACAAUGCAAUGCACGGUUCCCAUUUCAAAAUGAUGCCAGAAUCCAGUAUUGCGGAUGGUCUGGCGGUUCCAAAUGUCGGCGUCAACGCGGUCUACAUGGCGAGAGGAAUCGUUGAUGAGCUAAUUACUGUGUGCGAAGAGAGCAUCGCUUUGGCAAUCUUGAGAUUCUUGGAGUUGGAGAAAAGCGUGGUCGAAGGUGCUGGAGCGGUGGGCCUGGCUGCUAUGUUGAGUGGGAAAUUACCGCAUCUUAAAGGGAAACGGUAAAAUUUUGGCUGAUUUAUAUAAAGGGUUUCAAAGUCGUAAUGUAAAACAACUUGUAAGUUGAUGAUUGUAGGGUUGUCAACAUCAUGACUGGCGGCAAUAUCGAUUCUACGGUACUUGGCAGGACUAUUGAACGAGGGUUGGCUGUCGAUGGACGUUUGGUGAAAUUGGACGUUGUGGUGUCGGAUAGGCCUGGAGGUAAGCUGCUGUUAUCGAAAGAAGCGGUACCAGGGGCGUAGCUAGAUGGAGGUACCCCCCAGAAAAAAAUGCUAAUAGGGAACCAAGGUGUUUUUAUUCGGUUUUUUACUCGGAGACAAUCGAGUAAAAAAACUUGGACUAAAUCUUCAGUCAGCCUUCGAAAUCUUUCCCGAUUUAUCGACAACGAAGAAUUAUCAUCUUUCUAGGAAUCGCCGAGCUAACCAAUGUCAUCGCGCACACUGGUGCAUCAAUCAAAGACAUUUUCCACGAACGUGCGUGGCUGGCAGCCAAUGUCUUCGAAGUUCGAGUAAGAGUGGUGGUCGAAACUCGAGAAAGAGCGCACGCCGAGGAACUACAUUCAAUCUUGAAGGAGAAGUAUACUCAUGUAAGUCAAAGUUACCUCUUAUUUUACUUAUCGUCCAGAAGUUUUUCUGUAAUUUUUGCGUUUCAGGUUGUUCUCUACGACAAGAAACCUCAUUUCCUGACUAACUGA